AUGCACCUUACUCUGCUCUUGCUGUCGGCACUUGCGCUGGCGAGCAGCUUCAUGGCCGCUCUCGCCGCAACCACCGACCGCCCCGCCGUCAAAGACUCCACGAUCAUCCGCUCCACUGCAGGCUGCCCAGCUUGCCCAGAGCAAGACUGUCUGAAAUGCACUCUCGGCUUCCACAAGACCCUCGGGGCCAAGGCCAAUGCACAUAACUUCACCCAAACCCUCGUGGGCUUCAGAAUACCUGCUCUGACCUCCUCCAUCACCAAAUGUACUGUUCAGUUCCCGGCAUUCACGCGCCUAUCUCCGGACCCGUUCAACAUCACUGUCGCCGCGGCCAGCUCAUCUGAUUGGAACGAAGGAACCGUGACGGGAGAGACUGCCCCAGCGUCUGGACCUGUCUUCGCCACCUUCAAUGUGCCAGAGUACAACAAUCCGCCGGCGCUGGACGUCACACCAGCAUGUCUGCGCGCGGACGACAAACGCAGGUUCUCGAUUUACAUUGGGACCGACGAUGGACGGUUUGAGAUUUGGUCAAAGGACUCGGGGAAUGCGGCGAUCUUGCAUGUCAGCCAUGAGUAG